CUUUAUUGCAAAUUGAGUGUUGAUGUCAAGUGUAGAUUCGCUGGUUCUGAGAGCUCGUUCUGCAAUGGGACUCGAGUAAGACCGUGGCGCGGAAGCGAGCACUCCGGACAAGGUGUAUGAGGUGUGAUGGCGUCGUGCUCUGAGGCCUGUAACUCAGGGUCUGGAUGUGGGGCAGGGUUCUCAGGCUGUGAGGUAGGUUCUAGCUGUGCCUGUCCGCAGUUUGGGGUGCGUUCCUACCUGCACCAUUUCUAUGAGGGGUGCAGCACUGCAUCAGGGUGGGAGAGAGACCCUAAGGGAGUGGGGGACGUCCAGACCUUGAGAUCGCCCCUGAGGUGGAGCUCAGCACUCUGGAAGGUCUCUCUGGCCCUUGGUCUCCUGAUGGUGACCUCUGGUCUGGUCAGUCUGUCCGUGGGUUACUCCGGCCCCACCAGGAUCGAGUCCUUCGGGGAGGGGGACCUCCUCUUCAUAGACACCCAGGCUGUCAGUUUUAACAGGGGUCUGCAUCACUGCGUGGCGGCCGGGAUCGGUCUCACCUGCCUGGGAACGGGUCUGACCGUGGCGGGCCUCCUUUUCUGGUCUUUCUCCAGGAGCCGAUUGAAGGAGAGGCUAUAUCGGAGAGAGAGAGAGAAGAAGGGAGGGGUGGAGUGUGGAAAGAAGGGAGGGAUAGAGGGGGGGAUCUGUGGCAGGCUCUACAGCAGUUGA